CACGCCACGCCCCCUUCCCGUUCCCCGGAAAUGCACCGUAGGAGCGGAAGCGCCCGCCUGUAGUUGCCGGCAGCAGUUCCGUGAUGGUGGGCGGCGGCGGGAUGGGGGGCGGCCUCCUCGAGAACGCGAACCCCCUCAUCUACGAGCGCUCUGGGGAGCGGCCAGUGACCGCGGGCGAGGAGGACGAGCAGGUUCCAGACAGCAUCGACGCGCGCGAGAUCUUCGAUCUGAUUCGCUCCAUCAAUGACCCGGAGCAUCCACUGACGCUGGAAGAAUUGAACGUAGUAGAGCAAGUCCGGGUUCAGGUGAGCGACCCCGAAAGCACAGUGGCCGUGGCCUUCACACCCACCAUUCCGCACUGCAGUAUGGCCACACUUAUUGGCCUGUCCAUCAAAGUCAAGCUUCUGCGAUCCCUUCCCCAGCGUUUCAAGCUGGACGUGCACAUUACACCAGGGACCCAUGCCUCGGAGCAUGCAGUGAACAAGCAGCUUGCGGAUAAAGAGCGGGUGGCAGCCGCCCUAGAGAACACCCACCUGCUGGAGGUUGUGAACCAGUGCCUAUCAGCCCGCUCCUGAGCCUGAAUUUUUGCUCCCAGCCCCACGCAGGGCUCAUGGCCUUGUUUUCUUGAACCACUGACAAUAAGAAACUAACAUUUUGCAUUUUGUAAUAAACCCUUAAUUUAUAUUCA